UGUGAAGGGACAAUGGGGGCGUCGCCGCGUGCCCAACGCUCCGUCACGCGGACCUGGCCGGCCAGCAGCGCUGUUGGGAUUCAACAGUCCGCGGACGGCCGGAGCGAGUGUGCCUGGUGACCCAAGCUGUGGUGGGGAGGGGCGGAGCCCUGGAGAGGGGGCGGAGCGUGGGAGCUGAGCAUGAGUUUGGGGUACGAAUGUGAUAGAAGCCUGCGCGCCCGCCCGGCCAUGUGGCCCCGGCUGGUCCUCCUGCUGCUGCCCUGCGCCCUGUCCACCCCCAUUCACGACAGUGACUACCAGGAGAACUCCACGGGGUUUCUGGGCCUCCAGAGCCUUCUCCAAGGCUUCAGCCAACUUUUCCUGAAAGGUGACCUGCUGCGCAGGCUGGACAGCUUCUUCUCCUCUCCCGUGGACUUCCGGAGCCUCCCCAAGAACUACCACCAAGAAGAGAACCAGGAGCACCGGCUGGGCAACAGCACCCUCUCCAGCCACCUCCAGAUCGACAAGGUGACCGACAACAAGACGGGAAAGGUGCUGAUCUCUGAGAAGAUGGAGUCCUCCAUCGAGCGGGAGGGUGGCCUGGAUGGUGACUGGAAGGUUCCUAAGGUGGAGGAGAAGGAGGCCAUGGCGCCCACCCCGCAGGCGGUGGACAGCUUCCGCAUGGAGCCCCGGCCGGGGCGGCUGACCCUGUGGAUCAUGAAGCUGCCGCGGCGCAGGUCCCACCAGGACGUCCAGGAGGGCGGUCCCUGGCUCAGCGAGAAGCGGCACCGCCUGCAGGCCAUCAGGGACGGGCUCCGGGAGGAGGCCCGGGAGGAAGCCCCGGACAAGGGCACCCAGGGCACCCCCCGCCUCAGGGUGCAGGCCCGCAAGACCCACUUCUUGUAUAUCCUCGGGCCCUCCCACCAGCUGUAGGGGUGGAGCUCUUGCCCUCCCCGUCCCCAAAGCCACAUGCAAAUAAAAAACUUUUUU